UUAUUCAGUAAAUGGAUUUAUUAGAAAAAAAAUAAGCUAUUGAUAAAAACAAGAGAAUCUUUUUGCAGAGAUAAUAUAACAAGAACAAGUGACUCUCUCUCCCAGAUCACUCCAUCAUUGUUCACCAUGGACAAAGCUUCACUCUCCAGCACCGAAGGAAAGCCGAUUCGAUGCAAAGCAGCAAUCUUACGGAAAGCAGGAGAAGCUUUGGUGAUAGAAGAGAUCCAAGUUGAUCCACCUCAAGCUUACGAAGUUAGGAUUAAAAUUCUAUGUACUUCUCUAUGUCACACGGAUGUUACUUUCUGGAAACUAGAAAGUGGACCGCUUGCAAGGUUUCCUAGGAUCCUAGGUCACGAAGCAGUCGGUGUGGUCGAGAGUAUUGGAGCCAACGUAGACGGAUUUAAACAAGGCGACGUCGUUUUGCCAGUGUUUCAACCUCAAUGUGAAGAAUGCAAAGAAUGCAAAUCUCCAAAGAGCAACUGGUGCACAAGAUAUACUAACGAUUUCUUAUCAAACACUAGACGAUAUGGAAUGACUUCAAGAUUCAAGGACUCUUUUGGAGAAGUUAUUCACCAUUUUAUCUUUGUCUCGAGUUUUACUGAAUAUACCGUGGUAGAUAUCGCACAUCUCGUCAAAAUCUCUCCUGAAAUUCCCGUUGAUAUAGCAGCCUUGCUCAGCUGCGGUGUUGCCACAGGAAUUGGAGCUGCGUGGAAAGUGGCUGACGUAGAGGAAGGUUCCACUGUCGCUAUCUUUGGCCUUGGUGCUGUUGGACUCGCGGUUGCAGAAGGAGUCAGAUUGCGGGGAGCCACUAAGAUCAUCGGUGUGGAUCUCAAUCCCGCCAAAUUUGAAAUAGGUAAAAGAUACGGAAUGACGGAUUUCGUCAAUCCUGCUUUGUGUGGGGAGAAGACAAUUAGUGAGGUGAUUAGAGAAAUGACAGAAGUAGGAGCUGACUACAGUUUUGAAUGCAUUGGUUUAGCUUCCUUGAUGGAAGAGGCUUUCAAUAGCACUCGCCCUGGAUCGGGUAAAACGGUAAUAUUGGGGAUGGAACAAAAGGCUUUGCCAGUAAGCUUGGGUAGUUAUGAUCUUCUCAGAGGCAGAACUAUAUGUGGAACAUUGUUCGGUGGUUUGAAACCCAAACUUGAUAUUCCAAUUCUCGUGGAUCGUUAUUUGAAAAAGGAGCUUAACCUAGACGGUCUGAUUACACAUGAAUUAAGCUUUGAGGAAAUUAACAAAGCUUUUGAUUUAUUGGCGGAAGGAAACUCUAUCCGUUGCGUUGUAUGGAUGGAUAAAUAAUUGUUUUAUUUUCUCAAUUUGAAAUUUUCUUGUGAUUCAUCUAUGUACCAAAACAUUGUUGGUAACCAGGAAUAAAAAAUUCUACCAAAUAAAAGAAAUUUAUAAAAUUA